GGAGCGCGGAGCUGAGCGGAGCGCGGGAGCAGGUCGGCCGGUCGCCGCGCGCCCGCCCGCAGCCCCGCCGCCCGGCGGCCACCUGGGCCGAGCAGCCGCCUCGCACCAGCCGCCUCGGGCCGGGCCGGGCCGGGCAUGAGCGCGGAGGGCCCGCGGCCGCCCCCCGCACCGCCCCGCGUGCCCCGGCCGUGAGCGUCCCGGGCCCAUGGGCGCGCCGAGCCGGGCGCGGGGGCGCUGAGCGCGGCGGGCGGGCGCGGCCGGAGGAGCCAUGGACUGCAGCCUCGUGCGGACGCUCGUGCGCAGAUACUGUGCUGGAGAAGAGAACUGGGUGGACAGUCGGACCAUCUACGUGGGACACAGGGAGCCCCCGCCUGGUGCUGACGCCUACAUUCCACAGAGGUACCCCGACAACAGAAUAGUCUCCUCCAAGUACACGUUUUGGAACUUCAUACCCAAGAACUUAUUUGAGCAGUUCAGAAGAAUAGCCAACUUUUAUUUUCUUAUCAUAUUUCUGGUCCAGUUGAUUAUUGACACACCCACAAGUCCAGUGACGAGUGGACUUCCACUGUUCUUUGUCAUUACUGUCACAGCUAUCAAACAGGGCUAUGAAGACUGGCUUCGCCAUAAAGCGGACAACGCCAUGAACCAGUGCUCCGUGCACUUCAUCCAGCACGGCAAGCUGGUCCGAAAGCAGAGCCGGAAGCUGAGGGUUGGGGACAUUGUCAUGGUCAAGGAGGAUGAGACCUUCCCCUGUGACUUGGUCUUCCUCUCCAGCAGCCGCGGAGAUGGGACUUGCCAUGUGACAACUGCCAGCUUGGAUGGAGAAUCGAGUCACAAAACUCAUUAUGCAGUUCAGGACACAAAGGGAUUCCACACUGAAGAAGACAUAGACGGCCUCCAUGCCACCAUCGAGUGUGAGCAGCCCCAGCCCGACCUCUACAAGUUUGUCGGCCGCAUAAAUGUUUACAACGACCUGAACGACCCCGUGGUGAGGCCGUUAGGAUCAGAAAACCUGCUUCUCAGAGGAGCCACGCUGAAGAACACCGAGAAGAUCUUCGGUGUUGCGAUUUACACGGGCAUGGAAACCAAGAUGGCGUUAAAUUAUCAAUCAAAGUCCCAGAAGCGAUCUGCCGUGGAGAAAUCAAUGAAUGUGUUCCUCAUUGUGUACCUCUGCAUUCUCAUCAGUAAAGCGCUGAUAAAUACCGUCCUGAAGUAUGUAUGGCAGAGUGAACCAUUCCGAGAUGAGCCGUGGUAUAAUCAGAAAACCGAGUCAGAAAGACAGAGGAACCUGUUCCUCAGGGCCUUCACGGACUUCCUGGCCUUCAUGGUCCUCUUCAACUACAUCAUCCCCGUGUCCAUGUACGUCACGGUGGAGAUGCAGAAGUUCUUCGGCUCCUACUUCAUCACCUGGGAUGAAGAGAUGUUUGACGAGGACACAGGAGAAGGGCCUGUAGUUAACACCUCCGACUUAAACGAGGAGCUGGGACAGGUGGAGUAUGUCUUCACGGACAAGACGGGCACACUCACGGAGAACAACAUGGAGUUCAAGGAGUGCUGCAUCGAGGGCCAUGUCUACGUGCCGCACGCCGUCUGCAACGGGCAGGUCCUCCCCGACGCCUCCGGCAUCGAUAUGAUUGACUCGUCCCCAGGCGUCAGCGGCAGGGAGCGAGAAGAGCUGUUUUUUCGGGCUAUCUGUCUGUGCCACACCAUCCAGGUGAAGGACGAUGACGAGGUGGACGGGCCCAGGAAGUCGCCGGACUCGGGGAAAUCCUGUGUGUACAUAUCGUCCUCGCCUGAUGAGGUGGCCCUGGUGGAAGGUGUCCAGAGACUGGGUUUUACGUUCCUGAGGCUGAAGAACAAUUACAUGGAGAUAUUAAACAGGGACAACGCUAUUGAACGGUUUGAAUUGCUGGAAAUUUUGAGUUUUGACUCAGUAAGGAGGAGAAUGAGUGUAAUUGUAAAAUCUGCUACAGGAGAAAUUUAUCUGUUUUGCAAAGGAGCAGAUUCUUCAAUAUUUCCCCAAGUGAUAGAGGGCAGAGUGGACCAGAUCCGGGCCAGAGUGGAGCACAGUGCCGUGGAGGGGCUCCGGACUCUGUGUGUUGCCUACAAGAGGCUGAUCCAGGAGGAGUACGAAGGCGUCCGUAAACUGCUGCAGGCCGCCAAAAUGGCCCUUCAGGACCGAGAGAAGAAGUUAGCCGAAGCCUAUGAGCAGAUCGAGAAAGACCUUAUUCUGCUUGGUGCUACUGCCGUUGAGGAUCGGCUCCAGGAGAAGGCUGCCGACACCAUAGAAGCGCUGCAGAAGGCCGGCAUCAAAGUCUGGGUUCUCACCGGGGACAAGAUGGAGACGGCAGCCGCUACCUGCUACGCGUGCAAGCUCUUCAGGAGGAACACGCAGCUGCUCGAGCUCACCACCAAGAAGAUCGAGGAGCAGAGCUUACACGACGUCCUGUUCGAGCUGAGUAAGACGGUCCUGCGCUGCAGCGGGGGCUUAACCAGGGACAACUUCUCAGGACUUUCAGCAGAUGUGCACGACUAUGGUUUAAUUAUUGAUGGAGCCGCGCUGUCUUUAAUAAUGAAGCCCCAGGAAGACGGAAGCUCCAGCAACUACAGAGAAGUGUUCCUUGAAAUCUGCCGCAACUGCAGUGCUGUGCUCUGCUGCCGGAUGGCGCCUCUGCAGAAGGCUCAGGUCCAUGCUCCCUGCCCCUUGUCAUUAGCUAGUGACUGGGGGAUUGUUAAAUUAAUCAAACUUUCGAAAGAGCACCCUAUUACCUUAGCCAUUGGCGAUGGCGCAAACGACGUGAGCAUGAUCCUGGAGGCCCACGUGGGCGUAGGCGUCGUCGGAAAGGAAGGUCGUCAGGCGGCCAGGAACAGUGACUAUGCAAUACCGAAGUUUAAGCAUCUAAAGAAGAUGCUGCUCGUCCAUGGGCACCUUUAUUACGUUAGGAUAUCCGAGCUUGUGCAGUACUUCUUUUAUAAGAAUGUCUGCUUCAUCUUCCCUCAGUUUUUAUACCAGUUCUUCUGUGGGUUUUCACAACAGACCCUGUAUGACACGGCCUACCUGACCCUGUACAACAUCAGCUUCACCUCCCUCCCCAUCCUCCUGUACAGCCUGGUGGAGCAGCACGUCGGCAUCGACACACUCAGGAGGGACCCCUCCCUCUACAGGGAUGUCACCAAGAAUGCUCUGCUCCGCUGGCGGGUGUUCAUCUACUGGACCUUCUUAGGGGUGUUCGACGCGCUGGUGUUUUUCUUUGGUGCUUACUUCAUGUUUGAGAAUACAACGGUGACCAGCAAUGGACAGAUAUUUGGGAACUGGACCUUCGGGACGCUGGUGUUCACGGUGAUGGUGUUUACAGUCACACUGAAGCUGGCGUUAGACACACACUACUGGACGUGGAUGAACCACUUUGUCCUCUGGGGGUCCCUGCUGUUCUACGUCGCCUUCUCGCUCCUCUGGGGAGGAGUUGUCUGGCCGUUCCUCAGUUAUCAAAGGAUGUACUACGUGUUCAUACAGAUGCUGUCCAGUGGCCCUGCCUGGCUGGCCAUCGUGCUGCUCAUCACCGUCAGCCUUCUUCCCGACGUUCUCAAGAAGGUGCUGUGCCAGCAGCUCUGGCCCAGCGCCACCGAGAGGGCCCAGAACACGUGUGUGCGGUGGCAGGACCACCUCCCAGAACUCACCCCUCUUGCCUCUCUGCAGAGCCUCCACCCCUCGGCCGCCUGGCCAGGCUCCCACUCUGAACAGGUGACGUCAUUGUGCUGGGAGAGCAAGGAGCACGAGGCCCCCGCUCAUGGCGCUCGGCUCUCCCUUAGCCGUCGCCAUCCCAGCUGGAAACCCUGCUUCGGGGGGCCCCCGAGCGGGGACGGCUGACAGACGGAUCACCAGUUCAAGCCUUUAAGAACCACACGUGAGCGUGUGCUGUGCAUGUGUGUGCUCUCCUCUCCCCCAGGGAGGGACUAGGGGGCAACAGGACCUGUCUGGAGGGCGUAGGCUCUCAGCCGAACCGGCACCGGCUCAUCGUUCCUUGCAGGCCGGUGGUCUUGCCUGUUUUCCCUCGUGCAUCUAGUUGGGCUGCGACAAAGGACGUGUGGGGGCCUGGUACAUCCCACCGCACAGCGGUUCCCUUCGCCCUGUGUCAGGGUCUGGUGUCCGCACCCUCCAUCGUCUCCAGCCACGGCCAUCACUGGAGGACGUCUGCGGCUGGCUGCGAGCGGGAGGCAGUCACACCACUGACAGUUGUCGGAGCACGGACGUGGCCCGCCCUCUCGUCAGACAGGCCGGCCCUGCCUCUGCGCUCCUCCCUCCUCUGACGCUUCUGCUUCUGGAGCCGGCAGGACCAGCCAUCACCCUCGUGCCCCCAUUCCCGUUCGUGUCGCAGACUCGCUGCUGCUUCUGCCCAGAGCCCUGCUCAGAGCGAGGCUGAGCUCUGGGGUAGUGUCUGCCUGAGCACGUAUCUCUGAGGAGGCAUCGCCUGCAUGUUUUGGGGUGUUAUUGGAUGUUCCCAAGUCUCCUUCCCCGUCCCCUGUCGCCUCUGUGGAGAAAAAAGAGUGUUGGCGUGUGAGGAGUGAGUUCAUAGGCACGGAAGCUCCCAGGACAGGUGUUCGUCACACGCUCCCAAGGAUGGAGCUUACCCUUUACUCUUGUGGGGAAAUGAUGAUUUCACGGGUUUUAGGGGCAGGGUGGUGGGGUGCCCAGGGCGGACAUCUGGCUGUGACAGUCAGACCUCCUUUCAGGGUCCUCAUCGAGUGCUGGCCCCUAGAGGUGGUGUUCGUCCUCCAGCGUCGAUUUCAGGCCCACGCGGGCCAGACGACACAAAGGCCUGGGAGGUCCAUAAAGCAAUAGUGCUGUCCAAGGCUGCCGCUCGCGCCCACGCUCGUGCUCCGAGCAGCCCUGAGCUCUCUGUGGGGUCUGCUUUGUCUCCCCUGCUGUCCAUGCUCUCCGUUGGUGGGUAAGCCAUCAGGAGGCUGCCGUGUCCUAUGCUCUUGUCACUCUCCUGUACCAGUAUUUCUGUAGAAGUCACCCAUCUGACAUAGCCUUAACGGUCCGUAAAGAAGACAUUUCGUUUUGAGAGUCCACUUCACACCUUGAAACCGAUGCCUUUCUAGAAAAGCAUCGCCCAGAAGCUGAAGGAGCAGCAGGCAUGUGCCCACUGCUCGAGUCCGUGUGUGGAAUCCGGGCAUGUGGGUAAGUGCGCACCCAGUCUGCUUCCCAGGUGCUUUGCGUGAGGUGUUUUUGGAAGUUCAGGUUUCACAAUUUGGUUGUACGGUGUUUCCCCUACAAAAUGUUUAUUCGAACUAGGGGAUGAACUGACAGCAAGAACAGUGAGCACGAGUGGUUGGGAUAAUUAAGGUGAAGUCAAGACACCAUACCCAAGGGCAGGGGAAGGGAUGCUUGGCUGCGCAUGAGACGGAGACUGGGAGGCAGCCAGUCCGUCCUGAGGGUCCUCUCCGCCCGUCCGUCCCCGCCCUACCCUCCUGUCUCACAUCCCACCUUCUGUGUGGUGGCCGCCCUGGGCCUUCCCUGCAAACAAUGGCGAGGGCGAGUGCAUUUUUACCUCCGUUUUUAAGAACCUGCUCUGGGUAUGAAUGUGACCCUGGAGGUGCGGUUCUCUGUAUCUUUAGUUAACAGAUUCUUUGUAAUGUAUUUUUUUAGAAAUCUUAAAAUUGCCUUUGCACUGAAGUAUUUUCAUAGCUGUUUAUAUCUCUUUUAUUCGUUUAUUUGUUAACACACCAUAUCUAAUUUUUAAAGUAUGUUUUUAAAGCUUUUAUUUUUUAAGUUGAUGAAAUUUUUGGCCACUUUAUAUUUAAAUUUUGGUGAGAAUUUUGGCUGAAUGUCUCAAUAGCUGAUGAAUGUGAACUUUCAGAUCUGAUUUUAUUCUCUGCACCUGUUCAUUUAGGUGUUUCUGGGGCAGCCAUUAGUUGCAAGGCGUAUUUAGAGCACGAUAAUCUGCUAGCGCAUUCUUCACCGUUCAUUGCGAUUUUGUCUGCUUUUUGUUUUGUUUUUAAUUUCCAUCCUUCAGCCUUAAAAUAGAAGCUUCUCGCUUGACGGUUCAGUGUCCUCUUUCCGCCUGUUUGAGACGGCGACUGUUUACCUCUGAUAAUUCAGUCCCCUUAUGAAAGUCACAUAACCCUUCCACGCUCCAAAAUGUCUUUUAAAAAAGUGUGUGGGAAAUUAUUAAGUGACUGUGCCUGAUAAUUUGAAAUAAACAUGGGGCAUGAGAUAAAAAAUAAAAGGAGAAGAGAAGAGCCCCCUGAAAUGAUGUUUCAGAUGUGACCUAAUGCGACCUUUCACCUCACAGUAGUAUUUACUUGUCUUAACUAAACUUAAAGCAAGGAAUGUCAACUUGAAGCCUUUUUCUUAGUUUUGAAAAUCUUCUCCGUGACUGCACACGUUAAUAAAUUAUUAACUCAUGCUUUCCCACAUUGGUCCUAAUAUCUUGUUCCUGCCCCGUGCUCUGUGCCUCAGCAGCGGGUCGUCUAUGAGGCACCAGUGGUCCCGACCACGUCGAAUUCUCCUGCUUGCAGCUCCACGGCACUCACGGCCACACUAGGGCAUGGUGUCAGCUCGCACACAUGCACACACACGAGUGCACACCCAUACCUGUCCCCUAGGCCCCGAGCAUCCCCACCUCCUUCCUAAGGGGACCCUUGGAGGAGUGUCCGGAAGAUCAGGCCCCUUGGACCUCCACGGUGCACCCUGGCAGGAGCCAGAGGCUUUGCAAGCAGCCCCCGCGUUCGUGGUGGAGCUGUUGAGUGAACGAGGCCGCAGUGCCCUGGCCUGAGCUCCUCCUCUUCAGCAAGUCCAGCCUCUCACUGACACCUCUCCAGAGCCCCGCUCUCAGGACAGGUGGCCCAGAGCAGCAUCGGGCCCCUCCCAGCUGCAGCAUCGUCUCCGAAUGCGUCCAGGAGCAGGGCUGGCCCUCCGCCCGAGGCAGCCAGGAGAAGGCGUCCUGCUCUCGGUGACUCCUUUUAGAACCCACAUCAACCCGCUUCUGUGCAUUUGACCCGAUGGGGUGAAUGCAGACCCGAUGAACACGGGGGGCCUGGCCUCGCACGACCCUGGCAGUGGCGGUGCCUGCACGAGGGAGCAGGCCAGGAAGGACCUGUGUCUGCAGGGCGGGUUCACAGAAUCGCAGUUCAGCCUGGAGAGGUUUUGCAGCUUUAACUACAAAAUGUCUUAUGUAUGCUGUUAUAACUGUUCUUAACUUGUUGGGUGUCAGCCAGAUGUCCAGUGCAUCCUAAAGGGAGUUUUCCGGCGUUUUUCUUUAAAACCACUAAGUUCAUCUGUUUUGCCCUGACUAGUAAUAACCUAAUGCAACCACUUCUACUUUAUCUUAAAAUAUGAUUUAUUUGACAACUCAGAAUAACAGCUUGUUAUGCAGUUUCUUGCGUUCCAGUUUCUUUUGGAAGUUUCCCAUUUGUAACUUUAAAAACAGGAAAAAUGUCAGUUGGCAAAUGCAUUUUUUUUUUUUUUAAGCUAGAGGGUAGGUGAAUGGGGAAGAGAAUCAUUCUGAUAUUGUCUAUAAACAAAGCUUUAAUGAAGAUGCGUUGGAAGUAUUAUUAAAGUGUGAUUCUACUUUUGCAGAAAAAAAAUCUGAAGAUCAGUUUAUAUAGCUUUAUUUUUUACCUUAUCGAAAUACACAGAAUUUUAAUACAUGUACAUUACCUCUGACCUAAAAUUAUAAUGUGUGUCUGCAUUGUUGUUUAAAAUGUCCAUUCAUUAUGUGAUGUAAUAAAGGAGAAUCUUCAAAAGUAUAUUUAACAUGAACGGUAUCUAUAGUCAUUGUCAUCAUAAAUACUGGAAUUUAUUUUUAAGUUAUUGAAUAUCGUAGGUACGUUUAAAAUCAUAAAUCAGCCUCCAAACGAUAAUGUUUAAUUGAUGAUAAUUCAUUAACCUGCUUUGAAAAAUUAAAUUGUGAGUUAAACCAAAUCUUACAUUUCUGUAAAGUUUAUUUUGUAUGCUGUUUUUAACUCUUAUUUAUGUAGAUAAAAUAUGACUUGAUAAUAUUAUAUUGGACUUUUCUGCAGAUUAUCUAAGGAGGGGACUUGAAUCUGCUUGCAAUAAAGAAGAAAAAAUGUCUGGUUUAGUUUCUUU